AUGACCGACGCAGAGACCGGAAUGUUGGAUGUGGGAACCCAUUGCAAGUUUUGCAGACAGCUUGACUUCCUACCGUUCCAUUGCGAGUACUGCAAGGGCGAUUUUUGUGGGGCCCAUCGAACACGUCAACAGCACCAGUGCGAGACGUGGAACGAAAGUGAAAAGCAGGAUCAGACAUUGAUCUCAUCCCCAUUGACUCAGCACGACAACGGAGGCCAGUAUUUCAAAUCCUUAUUGCCAGAAAAGGCUCAUGUUCGCGUACAACAAAACAGCACCAACACAGGCACUGGUUCGGAUCUGGGCCGCAACAGAAGCGUACGAGAAAGACUGGAAAUGGCAGGACAGACCAGUGCAUUAGCCAAGCUCAAGUCUUUUUUCCAACGACGGACGACGACAACGACGACAACGUUGUCGUCGUCGUCGUCUCUUUCAUCCAAUGGAGCCAAAAAACCCCAGGGGCCUGCAGCCCGCUUGGUGGAGCUGGCCAAACUCAAAAAAUCGGCUGUGGGAGAUAGUCAAGUUCCUGUGGGGAACCGCGUCUACGUCUAUUGCUACGUUGUGAGCGACCAAGAAACCGAAAACCAGCCUCGUCACCAGCUAUUUUUGAACAAGAUGUGGCCCGUGGGUCGAGCUCUCGACUCCGUGGCUUCGCAACUGAACGUUAACAACACCAAUUCCCACGCUACGUCUAGUUCCAAAGAAAAGCUUUUCCUAUACCGGGAAGCCUCAUCUUCCGUCAAAAACGCUGUUCCAGCACUACUAGAGCCCUCUGCCAGGGUCCACACCGAGAUCCACGAUCUAGACACCCUUUUCCUGGUGCGUGGCCAUCUAGAACCUUGA